UAAAUAGCUGAGUAUUCUCCGCAUUUGAUUCAUUAAGUGAACAGGCGUCAAGCUAAAAGGAGGCAGGACCGCGCAUUGUUAUUAUUAUUCAUUCAAACAAAGAGAUUAAAUUACUGAAGGAGAACAAUACAUUCAACUAGACAUCAUGGCGUCUGCAAGUGGUGGCAGUGUCAAGAAGAAAAAGAAUAUCCGAUAUUCGGAGAUGAAACAGCCACCAUUGAUCAAACAGUUGAAAGGAAUUCUAUCUGAAUACCCGGACGGUGGUCAAAUACUAAAGGAGUUGAUACAAAAUGCAGAGGACGCUGGUGCCAAAGAAGUUAGAAUUCUUCAUGAUAAAAGGAGAAUAAACCAAAAUACCAGCAAUCAAUGUGAGACAACUCCAAUUUAUACAAAAUUCUUUAAGGGUCCAGCACUUUGUGUGUACAAUGAUGCAGUGUUCUCAGAGAAUGACUGGGAAGGUAUACAAAUGAUAUACAGUAGUAUUAAAGAAGAAGACCCAAUGAAAGUGGGACGGUUUGGACUGGGAUUCAAAUCUGUCUUUCACAUAACAGACUUUCCUUGUGUCAUAAGCGGUGAUAAAGUACUUCUGAUAAAUCCACAGCAAUCUGCAGAAAGAGUAAAUGCUACACUAGACCUGUGUGCGCUUGAGGAAUAUGAGGAAGAUGGACUAGAUGCAGAAGCAUUUUGGGAAGCCUUAGAGGAUACAUUUGGUCUUUGCAGACAAUCUCUGCAAGAAGAUGGCUUCCAAGGUACCAUAUUUUGGUUCCCACUUCGUGAAAACCCGUCCGAUCUUUCAGAAACUUUGUACAAUGAAAGUAAGGUUAACAAUCUAUUUGAUUCAUUUGCAUCAGAUGCAUCAAACAUAUUACUGUUUCUUAAAAAUAUUGAGAAAAUAUCAUUGCAUACCAGGGACGGGGAUAGAAAAAUAAGUGAAACUCUCCAACUGGAAAUUGAGGACAAAGAUGGUGCUGUAAGACGUUCCCGGCAAGCGUUUAAGGACCAAAUUCAGAACCAAAAUAUAUCUUCUGAAUGUCCAGAUAUACAUUCUACAAUACACCUUGUAAUACGCAUGUUGUCUGGUGGUACAGAGAAGCAUCAGGAAUGGCUGGUUGUGAACUACUUUGUAAAUGAAAGUGCAUCAGCUGGUUUCCAAAAAUUGAUACAAGAUAAAAAUCUAGGAUAUAGCCCAUAUGUUGGAGUUGCAACACCUCUUAAAGAAAUUGAUGAUGACUUUGAGGGACAUGUUUUUUGUUUCCUGCCGUUGCCAAAGGAAGGUGAGAGGUUGACUGGGUUACCUGUGCAUGUAAAUGGUUUCUUUGCACUCAGCCAAAACCGACACCAUAUGAAAUGGGAGACCGAGGAACAAGAGGGAAAGCCAAUAGAUGACAAGUCAAUUCUUUGGAACAAAGCUCUAAUUGAGGAAGCCCUUCCAAAAGCAUAUGAAUUACUUGUCUUAGAAAUUAUAAAAGUUUCAGUGAAGAAUUCAAAUGAUGACAUAUCUAUAAAGGCCGUAUAUAACACACUGCCAACAUGUAAAUCAUCACCAAGAAAGACCCACAAGAGAUGGAUGGAGUUAGAAAAUAAACUUUAUGAAUAUCUUGGUAAAAGAGAAAUUUUAUAUGGAAUGCACACACAGGAAUGGAUCGACUUGAGAAGAGCAUUCUUUGCAACAUUUAGGACAUUGUCAAGUAAUGAAGGUGAUGUUGCACUACAGGAAUCUGUUGUGAGAUGUUUCCAGAAAAUAAGCGUCCAGUAUGUUGACAUUCCAUUUUCCUUGUUUGACACCUUGCAAUCACAUUUUCCAUACAUAAAAGAUCUCACCCCAGAAUCAUUAGCUUUGCAACUGAAACAACAACAACAAUAUAAGCAAUUGACACACAAGGACAAAAUAAAUAUCUUAGGCUAUUUACUAGGAAAUGAAGCCAUUCUUCAAGACCUAGAGUUAUUACCAUUGGCCUCUGACAAGUGGAUUGAAUUCAGGAAAGGAAGUCAGCCCAUUUACCUUUGUUCUGAUGCAUUUGUGAAGAUGUUUCCAGGCCAAGAGAAUAGAAUUGUAAUGGAAUCUGCAAAACUUGGACCACAGCUUACAGAAUUCAUUGAAAAAAUAUGUAAUUCAGAAAGCUACCAGAUUCAAAGAUUAGAUAUAAAGUUGGCGAAGAUGUUAAUGACUCAAACACUACAGUGUCACUUUGGAUCUGUUGAAAAUGUGCGAUGGACAAAAUCUUCGAGCCUACCAAUACAGUGGAUGGAACACUUAUGGCAUGUACUCAUCAACAAAGACAUGGUAAAGUAUUUCAAAGAUAUACCUCUAGUGCCGAUCCUGAUUCAAGGAAGCUGGACGGAUCCAGAUGUUAUUGAGCUGGUAAGACUGUCAGAUUUUAUUAUCAUAAAAGAAAUUGAACACAUCAAAGAAUGCGGUCUAAAUGAUGGAUUAGUUAAAUGUCUUAAAGCAUUGAAUGUAAAGGUUCUGCCAAGCCUUCCAGAAUGGAUUCAAUUUGAAUCAAUUCAAAACUUUGUCAAGCGACCAACAAAAGAAGAAAUUAUUUAUCUGUUUGGUGAAGUGUACAAUAAGAUUGGAGAAAAUGCCGUGUUCAAAUUGAACCAAGCUUUAGAAAUGGAUGGUCAGAUACGAGAAGUUUUAAUCCAGUUUGCAUCUUCCUUGGUCUGUUUAGAACCAGAGCUUGUAGAAAUGUUCCGAAAGCUUCACUUGUUUAGAGCUGGGCGUUCAUUGGAAGAUGAGGGUCAGUAUAGUUCAGUUGUUAAAGUUGAGAAAGUCAUUCCUGAAAACAUCAACUUCCCUGUAGGGGUCGAUUUGCCAUUCUUGUGUAUAAAAGUAGACACUGAAGAUCAACAUUUGAUAAAGUUACUCGACAUGGACAUUGUAACAUUAGAAGCUUUGAUUUUGAGUACCAUUAAAAAAUUACAAGUGUCAAAAAGUAGUGGUCAGGUUACAACCUUUAUGACAUUUUUCCUGGUAAAUUUUAAAUUGUUCGAAAAUAAAGACUCAAUAUGUAAUAAUGCUGCAAAGCUACCUUUUCUGACAAUGGACACAAUGCUGCACGUACCAUCGGAUCUUUUUGAUCCUUCAUGUUCAUUGCUUCAAAGAUUACUUAUUGGGGAAUCAUUAUUUCCUGAAAGAUCUAUUGAGUUUAGUGGUAGAGAAUUAGAAGCACUGAGAAGUCUUGGUCUGAAAAGUAAAGAAAAUUUAAAUGGUUGUAUCAUGCUGAAAGUGGCAAAUUCAUUAAAAUUGUGGAUGGGAGAUGCACAAAAGUCUGACGACUUGUCAAAGAAAGCAGAUGCAUUCAUGGAAGUUUUAGUUGACAAUCCUAGUUUGUUAGACCAUUAUUGCAACGGAUCAACUACUCUAGGAAAUGCUCUGAUGUCAAUUCAGUGUAUUCCAGUGGUUCAAACUCCACCUGAAAAUUACCCAAAUGGACUGCCGUGGUUUUCUAAAAAUGUGAAACUUUGUAAGCCUGACAAAGCUAAACAUAGUAAAUUGAGUCUCUUUGCAGGAGCUACAGUACCGAUUGUUGAUUGUUCAUCACAAAAAGUAAUAAAAUAUUUCAAAUGGGAAGAAUAUCCAUCAUUGGAAAUAGUGUUGAACCAAUUAGCAUAUAUUCGACAGCAUUACAAAGUCAAGUACAAACCAGAUUAUGUGAAAGCUACGCAGCAAAUCUACAAUUACUUACAUGAAAGUAAAGGCAAAUAUUUAAUACUACACGAUACGCUCAAAGAUGAAAAUAUUUUAUGGACUGGUUAUAGCUUUGUGAAACCAAGCAGCGUAAUAAUAACUAAACGGGAAGGGGAUCUAGAUCUAAAACCUUACUUUUAUUAUGUGCCUGAAGAGUUUCAUAACAUGAAUGAGCUGUUUCUGCAACUUGGGUGUAAUUUAGAACAAAACAAUGAAUUACUACUGACCACAUUACAGGAUAUAAAAUUUAAGCACGAGUCUGCCGAGACAAUAAACACUUCAUCAUUAUCACACGACACAGAGAUUGCUUUAAAGAUUUUAAAAUGUCUUGCACGGAAACAGAAUGAUGGCAGUCUUAAUGUAGAAGAAUCAAAAAUGCUUAUGUUGGUUGAAAAUCCAUUGCCAGAAAGGCUUUCCUUACAACCUGUAUCUGUCUGCAUAUUAGAUGAAGACCAAGAUGAACUUGAUGAAGAGGAGGAGAAAAGUCUUUAUAUUGUUAAUCCAAUCGUACCAGCCAAUGUUGCCAAAGACCUUGGAGUAAAAUCCAUGAAAAGGAAAACGAUAAUUGGAGCUACUGAAGAAUUUGGGGUAGAAGAAUGGGGUGUUCAUGAAUCACUAACAACCAGGAUAAGGACACUACUGGAAGAAGGAUAUACAGAUGGGUUAUCUGUUCCAAAAGAACUGGUGCAAAACGCAGAUGAUUCGGGAGCAACCAUUGUUAAGUUCCUAUACGAUGAAAGGAAAAAUGACGAUGCAAAGCGGACAGAAAAAUUAUUGAGUUCUGACCUUAGAUUUUGCCAAGGCCCAGCUCUUUGGGUGUUUAAUGAUUCUUUGUUCACAGAGAAAGAUCUGCAAAAUAUCACUAAACUAAACGGAGCUACAAAGGCGGAAAGUAAGGACAAAAUCGGUAAAUUUGGUUUAGGAUUUUGUUCUGUUUACAAUUUAACAGAUGUCCCUUGCUUUAUAUCUGGUAAGGAUAUGAUCAUUUUUGAUCCACACGAGACAUAUUUAGAUGAGGCAAGACAGUCACGCGGAACUGGAUUAAGAGUCAGGCUUUCGAAACAAAACAUAAUUCGACGCAAUGUAGAUCAGUUCAAACCAUAUAAGUCAGUCUUUGGUUGUGAUUUACCUGAUAAAAGCUUUACAGGAUACAGCGGUACUUUGUUCAGACUCCCUCUAAGAACUGAUUCUCAAGCUGCAAGAAGCGAGAUUUGCAGUAAACCAUACUCAAAAGAUGAAGUGGUAAUAUUGUUGAAGCAAUUAAUAGAAAACGCUGGAAAUAUACUACUUUUUACACAAAAUGUAAAGGUUUUACAAAUAUAUUAUCUGCCAGAAAAUGCAACUGACCCUUCUCAAGCAAAACUACUCUUCAGUGUUGAAAAGACAACUACAUGUACUAAAUAUUCAAAUGGAACGGAUGCUAUUCCAGCUCAGAGCGUAUUAAAACGUAUGCCCGCAGUCUUAGAAAAUGAUGGAAAUUUUAAUGAAAUCCAUAAUGUUGAAAUCAGUCAAAAAUUGUAUGAAAGUGUACUGCUAAAAUUACAAAGCAAUGAGCAUUUAGGAUCAUCUGCAACAAACUGGAUUGUUUCAUGGGCGCUUGGAACAAAAGGGUCAUUAAUGCUUUCAAAGAGAAUGUCUAAAGAAGGGGCAGUUCCUCUUUCAGCUAUUGCUAUACCACUUACAAAUAAAACAGACAAAUGUCCCCUUGUGCUUAAAGAUGUUCCAAUAGGAUUUUACAGAGUUGGUCACUUGUUUUGUUUCUUGCCUUUGCCAAUACAAACAGAUUUGCAAAUGCACAUAAAUGGUUGUUUUAGUGUCAUGCCAGAUAGAAGAGGUCUUGCAUGGUUUUCGGAAGAUGAUAAAAGAAGCAGGGAUGGCAUCACUUGGAACCAGGCAUUAAUGGAAGACUCUGUUGUACAGAGUUUUGUUAACCUCUUGUCAUAUCUAUCUGAAAGAAAUCCUAAAGGUUACAUUUACCACUCGCUAUGGCCAUUAAGCGGAUGUAAUGAUGUCAAUGCGUUUUUACACAGCUUUUAUAAAAAGCUUAUCUUAGAUAACAUUAAACUUUUUAAAGGUGAACAUGCGUGGGUAUCUUUUGAUGAAGUAGUUUAUCUUGAUCCUGCUAUUAGACACAAUAAAAUGAUUGGACAUAUUGCUUUUGACUUUCUGGGGUCUGUGCCAAUAAGUACUGGUAAGCAUAUUAUUGAAAUGCCUGGUCAUAUUCUGUCAUUACUCCAAAAUUGGAACCCUGAAAGCAAUUCAUUAUUCAAAGAAUCUAUGGUAGAUGAAGAAGAACUUAUGAUUCAUUUGUUAAACUCAAUAGACUCAGUGUUUUGGCAAAAUAAAUUGCCACAAAGGAACCAAAUGAUACUGCAUGCUGUGCAAUGUAAAAGUAAAACGGUCAUUCAGAAAUUGCAAGCUACAAAAUGUAUCCCUACUGAACCAAACAAUGUGCUUCAUAGACCAAAUGAAUUGAUUUGCCCAACAUCAGAGAUUGCAGGAAUGUUUAAUGUCAUUGAUGAGAAAUUUCCUUUGAAAUCAGAAGGCUUUUGUACAAAUAAAAUAUUGGACAAACUUAACGCGCUAGGCAUGAACAAUAAGUAUCUUACACGAGCCAUGCUUUUGCAAAGGUGCAAGACAAUAAAUCAUUUAAUAACAGAUUGUGGCAACUGUGCUCUGGAAAGAUCAGUCCAAAUAAUCAAAUACUGUGGAAGAUUUGAUGUAAUUCAAGAACUAAAAAAAGACAUUGCAUUCAUAAGGGAGCUUCGACAGACUCUUUUGAUGCCCGUGCUACACUCACCUCCUUAUUGGCGAUUCACAUGGAAAGCAGAUAAACUAUCAGAUAAUGUCUCAAAUUCAUAUUGCACCGACCAUUCAAAACAGAAGGAGAAAUCUGUACGAUUUGAAAAACCAACAUGUUUGUUUCGGGAGAAUCUAAGUACAUGUAUCGGUAGUGUAGGCCUAUUCGUGCAUGAAAACCUUUUAAGACGGAAAUGUGCUCUGCCCGAAAAUUUGUUUGAAUUACUAGGUGUGGAAAAACAACCCUCAUUAGAAUUACUUUUGCAACAGCUAGAUCAUUUAUCAGAUGAAUACUGUUGUCCAGAGCAGCAGUUCAGCAGUUUAGAUAAGAUUUCAAAAUCUGUAUAUGAAGAGCUAGGAAGGCUUAUUGGUGAUAAAUCUGAAACAGAAAUUUUAGAAAUGGAAUGUUUCCAGGAAAUAGGUGAUAAGCCGCUGAUUAUUAUGGGAAAGGAUCUUGUAUGUUCUAGUAAGAUUGCAUUUCAGGUGAAAUCAGAGUGUAUUCCUGAACUUUAUUGUUUGCAAGAAUUUGACUAUAAGAAGAAAAAAGUUUUUAAAGCGCUUGGAGUAAAAGACCAUUUUACCGUUGAGUUUCUUAUAUCAGUGUUACAAAGAAUAUACACGAACUGUUUAUACCGCACAUGCAUGGAUAUAGACACUGUUUCAUGCUUGCUGGUGAAUCUUUGUGAAAGUAUGGAAAAUGAAAGUAUACAUUAUUCAGAUUUGAAGGAAACUGAAGCUUUAAUUGUAGCUCCAGAUAUAGAUGGGUUUUUAAGACCAACACACGAAUUGGUUAUAGAAGAUCCAGCAUACAAGUCGUCUGCUUCUCUUCAUGUUCUACAUGGAAAUAUACCACCAGAUAUAGGUAGAGCACUUGGUGUGAAAUCUAAGCAACGGAAAAUAGUUGAAUUUUUUUCGUCCGGGUUUUUUGAACCAUUUGGACAGAACGAAAGUUUGGUCACUAGACUGAAUGGGAUACUUGAAGACUAUCCUUGUGAUUCAAGUAUCAUGAAGGAGCUGAUACAAAAUGCAGAUGAUGCAAAUGCAACUGAGAUAUUCUUAAUAAAGAAUUAUGUUAGUUACAAUAAAGAAAAGAUAUUUGGAAAUGAAGAACUUCAAGGGCCUUCAUUGUGUGUUUUUAACAACAGUUAUUUUACUGAAAAUGACUUUAAUGGUAUUAGAAAUCUUGGAAUAGGUAGUAAGCGUGAGGACCCUUCAAAAACCGGUCAGUAUGGCAUUGGAUUUAAUGCUGUGUACCAUUUAACAGAUACACCUUCGUUUCUUACUAAAGGACCAGGGUUAGGAAAAGGUGGACAAAUUUGUAUAUUUGAUCCUAUGAUGUCUUGCUUAGAAGGUCAUGCUACACCUGAAAAUCCAGGAAUAAAAUGUGAUGCUGAUCUUAUGGAAGACUCUUUUCCCGAUAUGCUUCUUGGAUAUCCAGCUAUCCCAAGUAUGGAAGCAUCUGGACAGGGUACUAUAUUUAGACUUCCAUUAAGAAAAUCAAAAUCUCUUAUCAGCAGCAAUGUUAUGACGACCGAUAAAAUGGACACAGUGAUUGAGGCGUUCAAAGAAGACAUGUUUGAAAGUCUUCUGUUUUUAAAAAACAUAAAGUGCAUAAAAGUGUUAAAUAUAAGCAAUGGUGAUUUAUGUGAAGAAUUUUCCGUUGAAACAAGACUAUCUGAAGACCAUGCUAUCUCUCGUAAAAAGUAUUUUUCAAGUGUUAAAGAGAUUGCAAAAGCUAACGUCGGUGUUCAACAUCUAAAUUUAUACAUGCAGCCCAUAGAGACAUGUUAUAAGUUUGAAAUUGUGGACAGCAAAGGACGAAAUGAAUGCUGGUUGAUUGUGAAUAGAUUUGGAAUUAAGCAACCAAAAGAGAAAUAUUCAAAUGUUAUUGCUGCAGUGAAGGAAAAGGAGAUUGGACUCACACCAAUGGUUGCGAUAGCUUUACCUUGGCCAAAAAAUGAAACACAUCCUUGUGUAGACAACGAUAAAAAGAAAAUCAAAGAAAAUAAUUUAACAGGGAAAGCGUUUUGCUUUCUUCCUCUUCCUGUAUCAACUGGACUUCCAUUUCACGUAAAUGGUCAUUUUGCCUUAGAUAAAGCUAGGACGAAGUUAUGGAGUGAAGGACAUAGAAAGUCCUGGAAUGAUUUUGUAAUAGCUGAAUUAUUAAGUCAGGUAUGCAUAGAAGCUAUUAACUAUCUGAAGGAAAACUAUGUUCUCAAACAUUUUUCAGAGGUAUUUGAUGAAAGAUUGAGAGUGCACACUCUUGAAAAGUACCAUGAGUUCUUUCCGAAAUAUGAAAAUGUUUCUGACACUUAUUGGAAAUCUUUUGUCAGUAGCUUUUAUCAAACUCUAAUUGAAGAGGAAAGCAGCAUAUUUCCAUAUAAAGGUAAAACAAAUGUUGACAAGAAUAUACCAGAAGAAAAUUCUAAAGAACUAGAUCUGAACUGGGUUUCACUUUCUAAAUCAGAUAAAGAUUUCAACGGCACUUUUAAUGUUGUUUCAAAAUACAUAAAUGGACCAAUUUAUGAUUUCAGAAAUCCAUUAUUUACAAAGAAAGAUUCUAUGUCUGUCCAAAACACAUUGAGAAAGAUUGGGAUGAAAGUUAUCGAAACACCUUUGUGGGUUAGCAAUUCAAUUUUUCAUUCUGGUGUUGAAUACAUUCCAACAUGCUCACCCGAGUCGGUGAUUACAUUUUUAAAAACGUUUGAUGAUGAAAAUGCGUCAUGUUGUCGCAUAGGAAUAAUGGACAGUCGUCUAGAAGAAACAACAAUUUCAGAUGUCAUGUCCCUUCAGAGUUUGUUGAAUUAUAUAAAUCAUGAUGAGAAACUUACGGAUAAAAUUGAAGGUUUACCUCUUUGUCUCACGAACAGAGGUUUCUUGAAGACAUUUAGCAAAAAUACCCCUUUGUUCUGUUCUGACAUGUGUGAUGUAUUGCUUGGAUCAGCUGAUCAAUUUGUACAUACCAAAGUUAUUCCAAUGGUAAAUCGAAAUGAAUACCAUUCUGCAAAAGUCGUUAAAACAUUUGAAGUAGAAAAUUUGGUUUCAUUAGUUGCUGAAACAUUCGACCCUACAGUAUUUGCGUCUGAAAAUAGCAUCUUGUGGGAUAAAAAAGCGGGUAGCCCUCUUAAACCAGAGAUCAUCGAAAGAAUACUGUCGUUCAUUCACUUAAAAUCUUUAGAGCAUUCAAAAGAUGGAAUUCUAGAUCAAACGCUGUUUUUUGGGAAUAUCUUUAGAUUCAAUGAGUGGUCUUUUUUGCCAUCAUUUCAUUGUUUUGGGACAGAAAUGAUAUUUGAGCUUGUUCCUUUUAGCAAAAGAAAUAAUCUGUAUGACAAAAGUUUCUUGCUCCAACAUGAAACUUUAAAUAAAGUCAUCCAGAGAUUGAAUUUGCCGCAGCUUGAUUCCUCAUGUUUUUCAAAACAUGCACAAAGGCUUGUCUAUCACUUACGCAGAAUUCUACCAUCACAUGAACGGCCAGUGCAACUACUCGAAUGUUUAUUUUAUUACAGAUCUAAACUUCAAAUGAGCAAACCUACACCUGAUGACUGCAUUUCAGUUCUUAACUUUUUUGAUGGUGUUAUAGGUCAGAUGAAAAAAUAUGUUGAUGUGUUUACCCUGAAAAAUAUGUUGAAAAAUCUUCCACUUUAUAUUUCUCACCAAAGAGAAAUUGUGAGUGUUGAAGGUUAUGGUAAUGUGGUAGUAUUGCCGAUAGGUAUACCCUCUGCAGGUAUUAAUGAUUGGGCCCAGAACACUGGGAUUUUACUUCUUAAGGACACUGAAAAGCUUUUGAAUUUAUACAAGUUUUUAGAUUUUCAAACAAAGACUGAGAUUGAAGUUUACAAUGAAACCAUAAUACCAACGUUUCAGGAGAUACCAAGAUGUGCAUGGGGAGAACAUAUAGAAUAUAUAAAGAAUAAAAUCUUAAUGACAUCAUUUGGUCAAAAGUUUGAUCGAGUUCAGUCUAAUGUUAUUCAACAGCUGAAGGCUAUUCCUUUUGUUCCUGUUAUGGGGAAAUAUAAAAGGGUAAACCAGCUUUAUGACUGUACACAUCCCGUCUUCUCUUGUAUGCUGUCUGAAGAUAAUUAUCUUCCAAAGAUAUAUAGAGGGUACGAGUGGAGCAAAUUUGUAGAAACUCUAGGGUUGAUAAUGGAACCAACAGAGGAAAUGCUGAUUUAUUUUGCACAGAGCCUUGAAGCUAAAAUAAACAAUCCCAUCAACAAGGUAACUGUAGAACAGUCAACUGCUCUUGUCAACUGUCUCUUUAAUGGAGAAUGGUCAAAUCAGACACUUUUCAAAAUGAAAGAUAUACGUUUUGUGGUGCCUGAAAAAAUUGAUAAAGAAAGAAGCGUAAUAGCGAAACAACCAAGUAAUGCAGAUUUACUAAUAUGUUUUUCCGGGUCAGUUUCAGAAAAAUAUAAAGAUCACUGCUGGUCAAGUCAAAACCUUAUUUCGAGUUUACCACCAACUAAAAGCAUGACGAUGUCUCUUGGAAUACAUGAAUAUCCACCAAUCGAUCGGAUUGUUCAACACUGUCAGAAUGUAGCAGAAGUUUUCAAAAUUGAGCUAGAAAAGGAUAACAUUUCAAUUCGACCCUUUUUUGUGAAAUAUCAAAUGGAACUGCUCUAUUCACAGUUUCAGAAAUGCUUUGAGGAAUCAAUGAAACAUAAAUUUCAAGUUACUCCAAUAGUUUUUCAUCCAGAAGAUAAAAAGAUGUUGUUGGUUCGUCAAGUUGUUGUCAAUCUUAAGGAAGAAGAAGAAGUAAGACCGUAUUUGUAUAAACUACCAAACUGUUUUGGUCCUUACGAAGAAUUGUUUGAGAAUUUGGGUUCACACAAAGUUCCACUUUGUUCCGAUUACUCGUCAGUCUUAGCGGAAAUUAAACAACAAUUCAAGGAAUGGCCAGUUCCGUUUAAUAUAUUAGCUUGUAUUAGGAAAGCACUUGAAAAUAUUGUUCUAUUAAUAGAUAAAGAAAGAGAACCAUUCCAGGAUGUUAGCGAAAUAUUUAUUCCUGACCGAAAUAAUGUUCUUGUCCCGUCAAAUACACUGACAAUCUCCAACAAUAAUGAGAUAGAGAAACGACUAGAAGGAAAGAUAAAAGUACAUUUCUUCGUUGGAUUUAAGGAAUUGAACAUAGACAUUGUUAGAGACCCUUCUAUGCCAUUUGAAAACUGGCCGAGACAUUUGAAGCCAGAUAUUUUGUCAUCAGAAAUUAUUGAAGAAAUUUCAACUGACGAUGUGGAUAUAUAUGAAUGCAAUGUAGCGCAACGAAUAGAAUAUUCUCUACGCUCAGGGCCCGUUGUUGAAGGGAUAUUGCGCUUAGUUAAGCAUCAGUAUAAAUCUGAUAAUGCUACAUUCAGUAGCAGUAUCGAAAAUGCCAUUAUGGAGCGCCUUAAAAAUGUUCGUGUGACAAGAGUGUCAGGAUUGAAAACAUAUCUUAGAUAUAAAGGACAAGUAAUUGAAGGGACUGACUUAGAAGCGUCUUGUUUCAUAAAAUCGGACAGUAAAGUACAAACAGAAGAUGAAAAAGCUACUACAGUGCAUGAAUUGUAUUUUCAAAAAGAAGAUUCUGAUGAUCAAAUUUUAACAGACUUGUUAGAUGAUAAGGAUGGUCUCGUGAAAAUGAUUGACCUUUGUACUUAUGAAAGACUUGAUAAACAAAUGAUUCAGUAUCUAUCGCAAAUUCUUCGAUUAUUGGAUAAUUUUUCAGAAAUUAGUCGGAAACUUGAUAGGUUAAACAUAGAGGCUUACGACCUCCCUGCAUCCUGGAAUGUUUCAAUUUUUCCUCGACCUGGUACGUACGUAGAAGAAAAGUUCCAUGCGUUCCUAGAACAAAGCAUUUCUCCAUUUAAGAUAUACGAAUACAUGUAUGUUGCUAUUGAAGUUGAAUACCCAAGCGAUUUAAUUGAACCAGUUUACAUGUAUGCACAUAUUUUGAAAGAAAACAAGAGGCAUCACGGUGCUUCUGUUCUCGAUAUAACAUACAAUGUGAACAUUGGUCGUAUCGAUGAUAUUACUGUUCCAAUUUACAAGUUAUAUAGAUUCAAGCCAAAAAAACUGAAGGAGGUUAAAGAAUUAGUCAUGUAUGACAUUGAGCCUAUUGGGUCCAUUCCUAUUGACGAAAACUUUAGACGUGUCAGAAAAAUGUUACAGGAUGCUUGGACAUUAGAUGAAACUGGUCGGAAAAUGGUUAUCCGACGUUUAUGGCUGCAGUGGCAUCCAGAUCGAAACAGAGAGCAUCGAGAGUAUGCUGGACGUCUGUUUAACUACAUCAAUGAAAUAGUGGUCAGAUUGGAGAAUAACGAGCUUAUUGAUGCCGAAAUUACAAGUGACACUGGAAGAAUGCCUCCUGAUAUGUCGCGUUCAACAUUUGGAUCAGCAAGUGAUGCCGUGUAUAGAAGAGGGUGUACACUUGCAGCACACUUUCACGAUAACAGAGACGAUUAUAAUAGAUCUACACGUACUGGCAAUUUUGCCCAUCACAGAGCAGAGAAGGCGAUUGUACAGCAUGUUGGAGAAGCAAAACGCUGGCACAGACAAGCUGUUCAGGACUAUAAAGCUGCCAUUAGUAAUAUUACAACAGGAGCCGAUGACUUAAGCUUUAACUGGGUGUGCUAUAAGUGCCAUCAGGCCACUGAAAAGGCUUUAAAGGCAGCCUGGUUUGCCAAAAAUGCAAAUAUGGCUCGGCGAAAAGAUCAUUCAUUGGGAAAUAUUGCCAAUGGUCUUGAUGAUGGAUUACUAUUAACCAAGGCUACGUCUUUGGAGCGUAUUACUGGAGACUAUUCUUACAUGCGGUAUCCAGAUGCUGUAUUGGGACGACAUGAAAUACCAUCUGAAAUGUUUGAUUGUAAAAAGGCUGAGAAAGCUGUUGAGAUAACAAAGUGCAUACUAGACACAACAGCCGAGUUAAUUGACUGAAUAAGCUGUUUAAAGGUGGCUAUAAAUGUCUGUCCUGCCUAUUAAACCACAUGGAAUGAAAAUGGAAAAUGUACUUCGUUAUCUAAAUAAAGAAAAUGUAAUCAUUUCUGCUGUAACAUAUAUUAUUAUUUCUUUACAGUCUUUCGUUAUUGACAUCAUGUUUAUAAUGUAAACAUUUCAUUUCAUUUAAUUAUGAGAUAUUUCAAUAUGGAUGUGUCAAUUUCUGUCUUUUUGAAUUGAAUUAGAGUUGACUUUCAAUUGACUGUACAUAUAGUAUACAUGUCUUUCUGUCAUUUUCUAUUUGAUGUAAGUUCGAUUUUCUAGUAUAAAUGACUUUAAGAAUUCCAAGUUUGAUGUUACAAUAUUUCUAUCUGUAUUAUUGUAUUUUCCGUUUUGUUUCAUAUGAAUCACUUUUGUUUUAAUUUUUGCUUUUCUGAAAGUCUUGUUUUUUUUGCUAUUCAAAAAGUGUUUUGCUGUGUGCAUAUUGACAUUUAUACUUUUAGAUUGACAUUUCACACAUAAUAUGUGUAUGUCUUGAUAAAGUAUGAAACGUCAUCGUAUGGAAACCGGCAAAGAACUUGAUUAUCUAGAUGAUGAAAAAAGAGCUAUCAGUUUUGUUGUAAUAGUUUUCAAGUACAUUUGUAUAUUUUGUAAAAGAUAAAGCAAUGUGUUUUUGAUAUUUUUUUAUCUUGUUUAUAUAGUAGACUAAUUAUCUUAUUUUUGUUAUAAAUUAUGUGUUUAGUUAUGAAUAUGGCAAGUACUGUCUUUUAAUUUCUUGCUGAAUUAAAGUGACUUUGAAAUUGCUGUUUAUACAGAAAAAAAAUUCUUUGACAUUUUCUAUUUGAUAAACGUUUGAAUACCAAGAUGUUUGAUGGUUAUUUAUGGCUCACCUUUUUAUGUUUGUAACCCCGGCUGCUAGAUGCAUGCUUUAUUGCAAACAACCAUUUAUGUCCGGCCAUAAAACCAUUCAGACAUCUUAUAACGAAUUUUGUGUACAGCAUAUUUUCUUAAAUUGAGAAAAUACGGAAAAUACUUCAUUUUCAAUUGACAGUUGCUGUGUUUGUAGAUUAUAUAAUGGUUACUGUGGACGUAACAAACGUACACAAUUAUAAAAAUUGUUCUACUACAUUUCUUCAUCAGAAUAUUGUUUCACGUGUAGAUAAACCUUUUACUUAAACAUUUUCUCAGUCAAACAUGUGAAGACGCCUGAUUAGAUCAAAUCGAGUCUUCAAUUUUUACUUUGUCACUCAAGAUAUCAUUGAUAUCGAGGGAUCCCUUUAUCAGAUUACUGUACUUAAAGCAGUGUUUAUAUAUUUGACUUCGGCUGUUUUGUAAAGAUUCUGUUCAUGUUACAUCACUCAUUGUUUUGAUAUUGAUGUGUUAUAUUUUAUUUAGUGUUAAUAUAAAGAAGUGCUUUUUGUUUGUCAUUAUGACGCCAUAAAUGUCUUACAUCACAUAGCUGGUUGCGAGUUUUUUUUUGUUUGUUUAUGAAACCUUAUAUUUCAUUUCCAGAAUAUGGCGGAAUGGCUUUCCAUUUUAGGGAAAGUUUAGUGAAUUUUGAACAUAAUGUAGAUAAAUAUCAUAUCAAUAUCACUCGACAGGUUUUGGGUCAUUACCAAGCUGUAUAGUUUUACUGUUCUCAUAAACAUGCUUCGGACGAAAAGUUUUUAUUGCUAUUUGUUCUUCAUUGAACCUUAGAUAUAUUGUAGAUAUAUUGCCUUUAAAACAUUGAUAAUUCUGAUGAUACAUAAUAAAUUAAUGUUUUUGUAUAAUUUAGCAGAUAACAUAUUAUAAUAUUAAUGUUUUUUCUAUAUAUGUAUAUGCAUUUUGUGAACUUACAUGUAAACGUGAUAAGAGUUGCCUUUAGGUUGUAUAUAAGAUGACCUAUUGGAUUAUUUUUGUAUUUAAAGGAAGUUAAAUUUGGUUUAAAGUAAGGUGAUUGGUGUUUCUAUUUACUGACCACUUCAUACAUUCAGCAGAUGAGUUUUUUACCAUUUUGAAGACAACCAUUUAUUUUGUAAUUAUAUACACUGUAAGUUAUAUAUUUAUACUGUGUAUCUUUGUAGUGUUUUUCCUUCAUUUGUAUGUACAAUUUUUCAUUUUUAGAAGUAAUUCAUAUUGAUGAGUUGAUUAAGCUGUACUUUUAUUUUCUUAAAUUUACUGAAACAUGUUAGAAGUACAGAAAUAUUGUUAUAUUGUUCUUAUUAAGGCAGUUUUCUGAAAGACUAGUUUUGGAAAAAUGCAUCUUUAUUAUUGCACUAAAGGUAAUGUUUGUUUUAUAUUUCUUUGUUGUUUAAAAAAAAUACAUGUAUAUAGUUUAAAUGAUUAUUCUUUCAACAAUUAUGGUGUUGAUAUUAAAGUACUUGUUUUUCUUUGCAUUGAGAAAGGCAUUUGGCUUUACUGUAUAGUUGUUUUGACUUGAAUGUUUCAACUUUAAUGUACAUUAUUCAUAUUAUUUGAUUUUCUUUUACAUUAAUUGUUAUGCAUAUAUCGAUUAUGUGCAAUUUUGUUUUUGAGCACUUUCAUCAGUUAUGUAAUUAUCUUCAUCAAUUACUUUCAUAUACAUUUUUAAUACUUAAGUUCCAUUUUUGUAAAUAAAUUGAACUUUGUAAAAAUCGAUAUCUGCCCUGUGCCUUUGUUUACAUUAGUAUCACGUAUUAGGAAAUAUAUUUGUACAACCAUAGUUUCUUUACACCCAUUUAAGUGUUGUUAUUGUCAAAUACACUUGUAGGCCAGAGUUUUAGAUGGCUGUCACAUAUUCUGACACAAGUAUGCCACCUAUUAUUGAGAAUUUAUAUAAACGUUUUCAUAUCAACUGAUAUUUUUACUAAACAAAUUGAUUAGAAUCUAUGAUUGUUUUUUCUGACCAUCAUAUACACUUAUUUCGGAAAGAGAACCUUCUACUCUGUCAUGUAUAUUGACAAAAUUUACUCGUUACUCAUCUUGUAAUUUCUGUUCUUACUUUUGAAGCACCUUGCCUUUUAACUACAUCCUUUAAAAUAUUGCCUUAAGACGUCUUUAUUAAUUAAAUGAGUAUGAAAGACAUGAGUGCAUUACUCUUAUGAUAUUUUCUCUUGUAAAAUAUGUACAAAUAUUUUAUAUGUAUUAUAUAUAGUAUUUUUAUUAUUAUUAUGUUCAAUAACAAAUCAUACGUCAAAUAUAGUUUAACAAAACUUGAUGUUUAUUCUAACAAACUUAUAUCAUUUCCUUGUAGAAGGUACAUUAUUUCCUGUAGACAAUUUAUGACUUUGUUUAGUGACAGCUAUAAUCUUUGUUCUUGUAUAUAUAUUUUUUUUAUUUCUUCAAGAUAAACGUACUUUAUAUUCAAAGUCGAGUUCUUUGAAAAUUUGAAAUGAUUUAUUUUUUUUUUUGCCUGAAUUAUUCUAAAUUAGUUUUAUUAUAUCGAGGGAUACACUUUAUUAUAUCAUUAUACAAUAAAGGCGAGCCCUUUCAUAAGUCAAAUGAUAUGUUUGCAAUAAAUUUAUUAUUUGUAUCUAUUAUAAUUGUUUCUAAACGAGGGGUAAACUUUAUUUAAAAAGGCGAAUCCUUAAAAAUUGUAUUAAACUAAUGUCUACGUGGAGGGAUACACUUGAUUACGAUAUAAAAUAAUCACGGCGAGCCCUUUCAUCCAUCGAAAUGCCCUAUUGAUUCUAAUAAUUCAUUUAAAUUGAUAUAUUUUCAAUGGAUAUACUUUAAUCGUUUAAAUGCGAAUCUUUUAACAUUAUGACAUGCUUUGUCAUUAAAUUUAUUAUUAUUAUUUUAAGGGAUAUACUUUAUCAGUUCAAAGGCGGACCCUUUAACAUUUUGACAAAUUUUGUCAUUCAAGUUUUAUGUUUCAUUUCAAGAGAUAUACUUUUUCAGUUUAAAGGCGAACCCUUUAACAUUACGACAUAUUUUGUUAUUAAAUAUUUAAAUUUUAUUUCAAGGGAUAUACUUUCAAAUAAUCAUUUGAACGCCGUACCCAUGAAACAAAAUAUCACAAUAAUUAUAUAGUUGAUUUAAUUACGCCUUUAAAAUACAUAGAUGUAUUUAACUCCCCAUUCUGAAACUUAGUUACUUUCAAGUUGUAUAGAAUCUAUGACAAUAUUUCAAAAUUAAAAGUUUGACAAAAGUUA